AAGUUUGAAUCAAACUAUACUUAAAAGUUAGGUAAGGCGUGUUUCACAGCCGUCAAAAUAGUUAUGCAAAAUAGUUAAGCCAAUAAAUUACUGUUAAUUAUUUAGCAAUUCCAGAACUACUCAUUAUUUGCGCAAUUGUUCCCAAUUCAGAUUUUCAUUUAUGCUUGAAUUGUAUUUAUUUAUACCCAGUCAACUCAAUCGGAAUUUUGAAACGGAAUUCAAUUCGAAUCGUUUAAGUAUUCCGUUUCAAACGCAACAACCGAACUUAACACUCAAACGCUCGGGUAGUCAUUUGACCCCUAUUUUUUUUCUUAAAAAUCUCAUAACUUUUGGUAGAAUUGACCAAAUUGGAUGCUUCCGGUUGCAAAAGAUCCAGAUUUGUCUAUAUUUUGAACUGUCAGAUGGGGGACAAAUAUGGUCCACUUUUACCGGAGAUAUUCCGGAUUCCGUUGGGGUACCUCGACCCUCCUAUUUGGAGUUUUGGUCAAUAGAACAAAAACCAUUGCACAGAAAAAUGCCGGAAAUGAUGCAAAACUUCAAGGCAUUAUUCUAAUACAUCAUCCUGCAUAGACACGUGGCAUGGCCAAUACCUUCGGGCACCGAAACAGGUUCCAACCGAAAACGGUUCACUGAGCUGAUGUCGAUUGGUGCCCAGAUGGAACCGGUUCCAGUGCCCCGUAUGACUUAACCAUGUCAAUUAUUUUUGCUGGAUGAUGUAUUAGAAGGAUGCCUUGAAGUUUUGUAUCAUUUCCGGCAUUUUUCUGUGAAAUGGAUUUUGUUCUAUUGAACAAAACCCCAAAUAGGAUGGCCGAGGUACCCCAACGGAAUCCGGAAUAUCUCCGGUAAGAGUGGACCAUAUUUGUCCCCCAUAUGACAGUUCAAAAUAUAGACAAAUCUAGAUCUUUUGCAACCGGAAGCAUCCAAUUUGGUCAAUUCUACCAAAAGUUAUGAGAUUUUUAAGAAAAAAAAUAGGGGUCAAAUGACUACCCGAGCGUUUGAGUGUUAAUUCCGUUUCAGAAUUCCGAUUGAGUUGACUGGGCAGUAUCUUCGAUUAGGAUUACACACUUUUGUGUAAUCAUAGUUGAACUAGAAAAAGUGUAAUGCUGUUACUCGGUGAAGCAAUAACGUUGCCCUGUCACGAAAUAUUUUAGCAGAGCUGGUUCUGUAAGAAUCCUGCUAGAAUGUUGCUACAUUUCUGUUAGAAUUCUAUAAGAAAAUGGAAACUGUGUUAGAACUCGGCUGGAAACCAACCAACGAAUGCCUACUCAUUUAGGUACACUUCUUUUAUUACGUAACGCUAAAAUUUUGAUUUUUUGACCCCCUCGCCCUUCGUUUAAAAUGUCCAUAUAAAUUUCAAAAAACAUACUUUACUCGUUCGAUCCCCCACCCCCUCAACCCACACCACCAACUGCGUUACGUAAUAAAAGAAUGCGGCACUUGUAUCAGAAGAAAGUGAGGCAUUUUCGCUAGUUGUAACAUAAGUGUAGCGAAUUCGAAUAUUUGUAGCCUUGAUCAAUGUUUUAUGUGCCAAAUGAAUAAUUAAACAUAAAAGUGUAGAAAAGCACAGCGCUAGCGUAGAAUUAGAUCCACAGUCUCGCUUGAAAGCUCGACGCGAGGAGGAAUAUUUCUUGCACUCGAUCGUCACCGCCUGCGACGAUGCUCAAUCUGAAGAAGAGAGACAGGAGGAUGAGAAGGAAAAUGCGGCACGAUCGCGGCAGCAAGCACUAGUUGCCUGCAAGCCGCCAGUGAAGGUGCAUAACCGAGUUAAAGGCGCGAAGAAAAUUAGCGUGGGACGCGGUGGCACGAGGGCGACAUUCAUCGAGGAGCGCGCAAAAAACCGGCCUCCAAAGGACCCGUUCGUCCACUCCCAACGUUGCCGGCCGUCCGAAACAAAAACCAUCCGGAUUAACCGAGCAUGUGCCCGUGGACCGGCUGCUGACGCAGACGAACCAUAGACGUGGUGGUGAAUUACGGAGCUUCCCGGUCGGAAGUGGACGGCACCAGGCAGAGGCAGGCCCGCGAAGCACAAUAAAACAUCUACCAAGCACGCAAAACAUCACGACACAAGCCGGCACCAAGUAAGUGACGCUGGUGGGAUCAGCACGCGGAUCUUAACAAAGCCAUUGUUCAUAAGUGCGAGCCAGCGGAGGCGUCGGUAACGCAGAUCGCCGGGCGCGUCGCUAACCGUAGCAAAUCUCAAGUCGAGUAAGUGCAGACACGGUUCCUGGGAAGACCGUUCUAACAGAAUUUCCAUCAUUAGGACCGAGCGGCCUCACCCAAAGGAGAACGAUCAGAGGGGUCGGUAAAGUAGCCGGCACGAACCAACGCUCACUAGGCCAGAACGCUCCAUCGGUCCAGGACCUGCGGCAUUCAUUCCACCGUCGUCGCGUAAGAACGCGCUCAAGACAACCACAAACAACCGCAAACUAACAAUGUUAUCGCCCACAGCGGAUCACGUACGAUAGAGCACAACGCGAAUCCCGCGAACGGGAACCGAGGACACAGGACGUCACUGGAUCGCUGCCGAUAAGUUGCGUCGAGGUCUUGGAGUAGUUGCACGCGAUUGGAAGCCAAACGCCCCCAAGAAACACGGGGGCGUUUUUUGGGACACUUGAGUCAUUGGAGUUUCGGCGCUCGAGGUUGGACGUGUGGAAGGCCGGCAGUCCGGAGAGGAGCAUUCGGUUCGCGAGGCACGCGUAGGGACGCUGCAGGAAAGCGUCGAAGAUCAGACGCCGGCACAUUGGAGAGGAGGCACGCGCAUCGCAACGGUUCGUCGAUCAACAGCUCACCCGCCAGUGGCACCGUAAGGCGUGUUACGUUACGCGCGCACGAUGAGCGGACAGCGCGUCGAGCUGAGCGAGGACUGUGCAAAGAAGAAGUGAUGGGCCCAUCGCGUGUGUGAGUAGUGCGUUAGUAAUAAGAAGACGAAGAGAAAAAAGAUUGGCGUAGGUUUUAGGCUUUAGAGAGUGAGAGGCAGAUCUAGAACGAUGAAUCAAAGCAUGUAAUCGCACGAAUAAAUUUGGCACAAAAUUCAGAAUUCGCUGUAUUGUUAUUUGUGGUUGGCUAGUCGGGACACAGGGCUAUUUCGCUACCCGGUGCACCCACCCUUAUCAACACUGGCGCCCAACUAAACGAACCUUUUGGCAUUUUGGUUCGAAAUUUUUGAGAUUUGCAUAAAUUGUGACACGCAAAUCGUUUUUUUUUUUUUUGCAUUUUUGGCGCAACAUUACUAUAAUUUUGGCUCAUUAUUUAAAAUUUAUGAUGGAUCCGUCGUACCUUACCGAUGAGGAAAUACAAUAUGAACUGGGGAUAAGACAUGUACUACAUUUGUGCUCGCUUCCUCGCCGCAUUAGAGUAGCGCGUUUGAGGGCCAUCAUCCAACAAGAUGAGGCUUGAGGAAUCGUCCCUGAAACUGCGACACACUUUUUGUCCCCAGAAGACGAUCUGAGGCAAUGUCACAAAAACCUCACCGAACUCGUGACGUGGAUAGAAAAGGCUAUCGAAACGAAAAACGUAACCUAUCUGGUCCAGGCUAGGGCGCGUCUUCAUCACUAUCGCGAUCGCUUAGCAAUCUUGCUUACAACGGAGAGGCUGGCAGAGGAUCACGCAGUUUGCUCAAUGGUCGUUCAAUUCUGCAUCGAGGACAUUGAUGACACGCUGGGAAAGGCGAAGAAACGGUCAGAGAUCAACACUAGCGGAGACGAUAACUCGGGUGCAGCGGACGGACAGAACAACGGGACGGCUCACGUCAAUCCGGAUCAAACAGAAAGGCGAGACGAAGUGGGAACGGACGGUAACCCGCCGGGCCCAAGUAGCAACUUCCUAUCAUCGACGCAAUCGUCGACCAACCAAUCGGGAAACCGAGGCUUCAACAUGGCGUGGAACAAUCUGUUGAACCAAAACACCACACCCAGAAACGACAACGGGGAUAUGCUAAACAAUUAUAUUUUAUUGUUUAUUCGUCAAGCUUAUGUAGACUACUUACAAUUUUCUUACAUACUAGAUAUUAUUUCUAUUGUACAGAUUUUUUCGUAGUUCCGGUUUAGACAUGUCGAAAUGUAUGUACUGAGAAUUUUCAUUAUAAAAGCGCAUCAUUUGAUUUAAUGGCGAAUUUUUUAAAUAAUUUGUCGUGUAUGCAGUUAUUCUAAAAAGUUGUGAAUGUCUAAGAGUACGGCUUGGUUCAUGCUGCUGACUGUAUGCGUUGAGAAAUAAUGUCGUUGAUGAAAGAGAGCAUGGCAAAUUUACGACGUUCUUGUAAUGAUUGUAUGUUUAUGAGCAUGCAGCGUGCUUCAUACGAUGGGAGAGGAAAUUCAGAACGCCUUCCGGGUUACAAUGAACACCAGAAUGGAGGACAAGGGACUGUAAACAACAAUACACAUGGAACAGGAAUAAGCACUGGUCAAAGCCAUCUUGGAGGGCAGGCGAACCAUGGUCUAGGACAGCCACUGAACAGCCACCAAACUGGAUUGCAAAGCGGCCAAGGCGCCGGUGUUCUGGGAAAUCUAGCUGAUGGUUUGCUCGGAGGUCAAGGACCCGGAUUUUCCGGAGGUCUUUCACUGUGACGGAACGGAGCUCAAGCGGGUUCAUAUGGUGGUCGCGCAACUGGAUUCCAUGCAGGUCUAGCAGCUGGUUUCUACGGAGGCCGGACAGCUGGACUCUCCAAUGGUCAAUCAACCGGUUCCUACGGAGGUCAAGCAACUGGAACAGGCGGCGCAAACGGAAGCCAAUCGACAGGGCUUUUGGGAAGACUAACGACGGGACAGGCCGGAGGACAAGCAGAUAGCUUUAGAGGAGGUGCUGGAGCAGGGCUUAACAACAAUCAAGGCGGUGAUCCGGGCGCUGGUCAAGCAUCAGGUGCAAACGGAGAUCAAGAAAGGGUGAACGAACGAAACUAUCGCUGGAGGGACAAAUUGUUGAACUGGAUGAGAAUGAACGAACAACAACGACAACAGCAAAUGCAAUACGAACAGUACCAACAACAACAGUACCAGCAGCAACAGUUUCAACAACACCAGUACCAGCAGCAGCAGUAUCAACAACAACAGCGUUGGCAGUUCGAAGAGAGAAGACCCUACAAAGCGAUUCACAACUGGCCGUUUCGCUACAAAGGAGAAAAGGACGCGAUGUCACUCAACACGUUUCUACGUCGGGUUGAAAUAUUUGCACUUUCAGAGGAAAUACCAGAAGGCUUGCAUUUGAAAAACAUCAAACAUCUGCUGCAGGACGAUGCGCUAACUUGGUAUGGGAACGCAUACUUAAGUGGUGAUCUUUUCUCGUGGGAGGCAUUCAAAAUCUUGAUCAGGCGAGAGUUCCUUCCGGCUAGUCACGCGUUUACCAUCAGGGUAGAAGCAUACCAUCGCUUACAAGGAGAGAGUGAGUCUUUCAGCAAGUUCUUCCAAGACAUCUCAACGCUGUUCCAGAACUGCAAACCGCCGAUGAGUGAAACAGAGAUGAUGUUCAUCUUAAAGAAAAACAUGAACGACAUCUACGCGCCGAUUGCAGCGGCCAAUCGAAUGGCAAGCAUGGACAUGCUGGUGCAAGCCUGCAAGGAGUUCGAUGAGCUCAAGAAGACGCAGGAUGGUCAAAGACGGAAGGCAAUUAUUAUUGAAAUUGAAUGUACCUAAAAUGUUUUUUCGUGGAAAGGUAGCUAAGGGGGUCCCUUUUCGAUAUCUGUGACCUAGACAAUAUUUCACCUAGGGAUUUUCGAUUUUUUGUCAUUUUCAGUUUUUUAACUGUAUAAAUGGAGGCGCACGGUACUUUUGGUUACUUUGCGGUUGCACAGCACCUCCCUAAUCCUUUUAAUUGCAAUGGAUAAUGAUCAAAGGGGUCGUCCAUGAAAUAUUUC